AUGCCGAAAGCUCAAGUUUCUCAGGUCAUUUACAAGCCGGACCCCAUGUCCACCGACGAGUUCCUCGUGAUCGUCAACCCGGAGACGUUCACCUCGUGGCGCAACGGUGACACGACCAUCCCUCUGGCCGACGUCGUUGACUCGUUCCACAUCUACCACUCGGGCCAGGGCAACCAGGGCAUUCUCGGCCAGGUGUCCAAGCAGCAGCUCGACACCGUCUUUGGCACCCACAAGGAGGACGAGGCGGUGGUCAAGAUCCUCCAGUAUGGCCACCUCCAGGCUGGCACGCUCAAGGGCAACGACAACUCGGGUCGCGCCGCCGACUCGGGCGCUAACCUCGGUGGCGGUCGCUAA